GAAUAUGCUUAAGUAUUCUUGCUUGUAAAUCCGUUGUAUGAGAGAACGCAGAGAUUAUAUCGAGAUUUGCUGUCAUCAUCUUUCUUUCUGCAAACAUCCUCAUCGUAGAUACGUUCCAAGAACAUCUUUCGGCAAUUAGAAUUACUAGAGUCCCUCUGUAAGAAUUACGUUUGUGUACUACAAAUCUCUUCGAAUUGAUAAAAUACUCUCGAAAAUGUUGCAAAAGCCUUUAAUGGUUGCACUUAAAAAAAGCUCAACUCGUUCGCAAUAUCUCAAUGCUUGGCAAAGGUGUAACUUUUCCUCCCAAAGAAUACCUCCUGACUUAAAGGAGAAUUACAAGAAAACCGUUAUAUUAUUUCCACCGUUGACAGAACCCGUUCCAAAUUUGCCAAAAGCUGUUUACUCAACUGUGAAAGAGGAGCAUCAAACAACACAGAUUACUAUUUUACCAAAUGGCUUAAAAGUUGCAUCUGAAAAUCGAUUUGGACAAUUUUGUACUAUAGGUGUCCUUAUUGAUUCGGGUCCGCGAUAUGAAGUGGCAUAUCCUAAUGGCAUCUCGCACUUUCUUGAAAAGUUAGCAUUUGGUUCUACAAACACAUUUAACAGUAAAGAUAAAAUAAUGCUGGCAUUAGAAAAGCAUGGUGGUAUAUGCGACUGUCAAGCGUCUCGCGACACAUUUGUCUAUGCAGCAUCGGCAGAACGUCGCGGAUUAGAUAUAGUAACUCAAGUUCUAGGUGAUAUUGUCUUAAGACCUCAAAUUACUGAGGAAGAAGUACAAAUAGCUAAACAAACGGUACAUUUUGAAUUGGAAUCUUUACAUACCAGGCCAGAACAAGAGCCUAUAUUAAUGGAUAUGAUUCAUUCUGCUGCGUAUAGACAAAACACAUUAGGUUUACCCAAGAUCUGUCCAGAAAAGAAUAUUGAAAAGAUUGAUAGGAAAACUUUACAUACGUAUCUCAAGCAUCAUUAUGUACCAAAUAGAAUGGUAGUUGCUGGAGUUGGUGUUGAACAUGACGACCUGGUCCAUGCUGUUACUAAAUAUUUUGUAGAUCAGAAACCUAUUUGGGAGGAACAAUCUGAUCUUAUUUUUCCAAAUAAUGCAAAUACUGUUGAUAUGUCCAUUGCACAAUAUAGUGGAGGAUAUAUUUUGGAGGAAUGCAAUGUGCCAAUUUAUGCGGGACCUAGUGGCUUGCCCGAAUUAUCACACGUUGUAAUAGGUUUAGAGGGCUGUUCUCAUCAAGAUCCAGAUUUUGUUGCUAUGUGUGUGUUAAAUAUGAUGAUGGGAGGCGGUGGCAGUUUUAGUGCUGGUGGUCCUGGAAAGGGCAUGUACACACGUUUGUACACCAAUGUGUUGAAUAGAUAUCAUUGGUUAUACAGUGCAACUGCAUACAAUCAUGCUUAUGCAGACACUGGUCUAUUUUGUAUUCACGCUUCAUGCACACCGUCUCAUGUCAAGGAUAUGGUAGAAGUAAUUGUACACGAGAUGGUCACCAUGACAAGCGGAAUCUCGGAUAGCGAAUUAGCGAGAGCCAAGAAACAAUUACAAUCGAUGCUGCUUAUGAAUCUAGAACAACGGCCCGUUGUAUUUGAAGACAUUGGUAGACAAGUCCUAGCGACUGGUACUAGGAAACGGCCAGAAUACUUCAUGAAAGCUAUUGACGGAAUAUCUAAGGAUGACAUCAACCGAGUAGCGCGACGUUUAUUGAAAUCGGCACCUUGCUUAGCGGCACGCGGCGAAGUGAAGGCUGUACCUUCCAUGGCGGAUAUUCAAAAUGGUUUGCUUGACGCACAAGGUCGGUUACCUGGUUCUCGUAGCAGAUUAUCACUUUUUCGUUAAAAUCGCAUAAGAUAUUCUACCAAUCUUUUUAUCUUAAAUAAAUGUUACUUAUUCACAUCCAGUUGUACAUUAAUGAGAAAC